CAGCUCUAAACCGGAUAUUACGCAGAAACCGGGGUCAGAAGUUCUCUCUUACAGCCAUCUUGGAUAUAGCAUCCCGAGUCGCAACCAUGCCUGGUGAAGCCACAGAAACGGUCCCAGUCACCGAGCAGGAGAUGCAGCAGCCUCAAGUGGAGACUGCUACACCUCCUGCCCCAGCUUCCUCCCAGCACCCUCAGGCAGCUUCUGGCCCUGCAAAGCCAAAAGGCAAAGAUGCCAAGAGUGCGCAGGGUUCCUCUGCCCCAAAGGCUGUUCCUGGCAGAAGAAAACGCUCUUCUAUGUCUGCCUCUUCCUCUUCUCCCACCUCACCAAAAUCUACUUCCUCCACCCCCCUGUCACCUGUGUCAUCUCCCCUAGCUACCACACCUGGCAGUUCUCCUGCUAAUCGCUUCACCCCAAAAGUUGUCAAGGCUGGCAAACAAGGAAAAGCUAAGAAAGGAGAGGCAUUUCAGCCUGCUCCUGCCCCUGCCGAGUGCAAGGUCACAGCAACAACUGAAAAACCAGUAGAAGCUAACCCCAAGCCAACUGUAGUUGAAGCUAAACCUGCCCCAGUUGAAACCGUCAAACCCUCACCGGCUGCUCCAAAGCCUGUUGCAGCCCCAGCUGCUUUUAAAGUUACAUCAAAGCCUGCUGUUGCAGCUCCAGUUUCAUUUUUAGAUACUAUUGCUUCUAGCCCUCCCAAAUCCGUUGAAAUUAAGACCUCAAAAGCUGCCGAUGAUGAUCUCCCCCCACUUAUCCCACCUGAGAAGCCGGUAACAAUGCCAAUACUUGUACCCCCUGUUGAGAAAGAGGGUGCUAAACUUGGUACGUCUCCUAAACCUUGUUAUGAACCACCAAAUGUAGAGGUUACUAAAGUAGCACCCAAACUCAAGGUGGAUAUUGAGCCCAAGUCUGUGCCUGUUGAGCUUGCCAAAGCAGCAGCCGCAGUAAAAUCUGCUGCUGUUGAAGUUGCUAAACCAGCUGCUGAGGCCAAACCUGCUCCUGUUAAGGCAGUUGUUGAGGCUCCUAAACCUGCUCCCGUAGAGGCUCCUAAACCUGCUCCUGUUGAGGCUCCUAAACCUGCUCCUGUUGAGGCUCCUAAACCAGCUCCCGUAGAGGCUCCUAAACCUGCUCCUGUUGAGGCCAAACCUGCUCCUGUUAAGGCUGCCAAACCAGCUGCUGAGGCCAAACCUGCCCCUCCUAAGAUUGUAAAGCCAGAGGCAGAGGUCAAGUCUGCCCCUGUUGAGGUUGUUAAGCCAGCUGCAGAACCUAAACCAGCUGUUGCUGAGGUUACCAAGCCAGCCCCUGUGAAGAGCGCUGGGCCAGUUACUGAGCCUAAAUUGGUUGAGGUUAAGGCAGCACCUGCUGAGAUUGCCGUACCUUCCAAACCAGCAGCUGAGCCCACAUCUGCCCCCGUAAAACCUGCUCCAGUUGAGCCCGCCGUUCCUGCCCCUGCUCCCCGUAAACUUACAUUUGCUGAGGCAGUUGCGACACCUGUUAAACCUAAGGUUGAGGUAAUCAGUACUCCUGAACCCGUCUCAUCACCCAAACCUGCUAAAACCCCAGCCAAGGUGGAGCCUGUGAUCAAGAACGACAAGGGAUCUGGCACAGAGUCAGACAGCGAUGACUCAGUCCCUGAAUUGGAGGAACAGGACUCUGCACAGACACAGACACAGCAAGCUCAGCUUGCAGCAGCUGCCGAAAUAGACGAGGAACCUGUCAGCAAAGCCAAACAGAGCCGCAGUGAAAAGAAGGCACGAAAGGCAAUGUCAAAGCUGGGUCUCAGGCAGGUAACAGGGGUCACCAGGGUUACCAUUCGCAAGUCAAAGAACAUCUUGUUCGUUAUUACCAAACCAGACGUCUACAAGAGCCCCGCAUCAGACACAUACAUCGUCUUCGGUGAAGCUAAGAUCGAAGAUCUGUCCCAGCAAGCCCAGCUGGCCGCCGCAGAAAAAUUCAAGGUACAGGGAGAAGCUGUAUCAAACAUCCAGGAAAACACACAGACGCCAACAGUACAGGAGGAGAGCGAAGAAGAAGAGGUUGAUGAGACCGGAGUUGAGGUCAAGGACAUUGAACUCGUCAUGUCACAAGCCAACGUGUCGCGGGCGAAGGCUGUACGCGCCCUGAAAAACAACAACAACGACAUUGUCAAUGCUAUUAUGGAGUUGACAAUGUAAUGGGACCCUGGCACUGUAGGGUUGAAGAAAGGUUGCUGAUUUAAGCUCGUUUAUACAAUUUAUACCCAAGAUGGAAAUAAAGUUGUGGCUUGAUAAAAUGAAA